GCACUGCUUUAGUUCACCAUCGCGACCGCAACGCAGCGUUAGCGUCGUGAAACACCUUUCAUUGUAUUGACUAUUGACUGAUUCUGAACACAGAGAAUAAUGUAUAAAGUUAAUUUACCAUAAUAUUGUCUUAGUUGUUAUUGAAAUAUGUUGUAAGAUACCUUAGUUAAGUGAAAUUAUGUCUCCGUUUACGUGAAUGUGAAAGGAAUCAGCCUGUGGAGUGCUACGCGGCCAUUUUACUUGCAAUGCGGCAACGGUGUACGGUCCGCCAUUGGAAACGUCCUGUGUCUUUUUCAUGAGUGUAAGAUUCGUAUUUUGUAUAAAAUCUUGGUAUAUAAUCAAGGAAUAACCAUGUGUGAUAAAAGUGUAGUGCGGACUUUAGUGUAGUGAAACAUGGUGGUCGGGUGAUACGAAUAAUGUGCGAACGAUGGAAAACGAAGUGAAGCAGCGCAAUCAAAGAAAUAGACGAAGGGAGCGGGCACAGCGCAUGCAAGCACAGCGAGAGAGUAAAGUUAAGGAUGGAGACAGCGGCGAGGAUGAGUCUCCGGCACGAGAAAAGCCGCCUCGUCCUCCCGCCAGGAGAAAAAAGUCGAGGGAGCCGCUGGGAGAAGAAGAUAUCAUUGACGGCUUCGCCAUAAUGGCAUUUCGUACCUAUGAAGAUCUGGAGGCUGCUGUAAAAUGUGCUUCCUCGCCUCGUACCAAUGCAUUGUCGGCGAAGUCUCGAUUACCAUUGGCAGCCCUGGCGGCAGACACGACUCGUAAUCAUCCACCAAACAACGUCAACUCUCAUGGCAUUACGCUGCUUCAAGACGCUGGAACGUCUGACGACAGUGGACGAGCAUCAGAGAGACUCACUGGUAGUUCAGUGGCACCACGAGACCCCGAUUCGUCUCGUGAUCGUCUGAGUGACGCCAGUAGCCGCUGUAGUUCCGGAAAAGGCUAUAUCUGUGAUAGUGAAGGCGAGGAUGACAAGUUCAAAAAAGUUACCAUAGUGAGGAUUAAAGAUUCUCCUAAGAGCAAUGCGGAGGGUGGCACCAAAAAGGAAGGCAAGAAAAAAGUUAGCAAACAGAAAACUGAAAACAUCGGUUCGGUGACAAAGAAAAACGAGAAGCCGGCCAUCAAAAUUGAGAAAGAGGAACCAAAACAAUCUCCGCCUAAAGAUGAACCACCAGCAAAGGCCAGUCCAGAAAAUAGUCGAAACGCUUCACCGAGAUAUCAUGACGUUUCCAUGGAUGAUGCAUCCGAUGCGGGCUCUCUAUUACGUGUGGCUGGUACAAAUCCUGUAAGUGCAGGUGCAGGCGGCGGUUGUGGCGCUGGGAAAAAUGAGCUAGUUGCAAGAGGUGGAAGCGGUGGUGCGCUGGCUCUGUCCCGAGCACCUGUCGGGGGCAGUGCUAGCCCGGCGCCGGCACCGCUGCCGCAACCUGCCCCAUCUCCCGCACCUGCCGCGCUGCCUCCACCGGCCUUACCGCCGCCGCCUUUCAGGGCAGAUACACCUCAUAGGCCUAACGGGGCGCAUAUUCCGACACUCGAUGGACAUGCCGCAACUCAAAUCCCUGCGAGACCAGUAGGAGCCGCCGGUCCCGAUACACCAGAGCGUCCAGCCAGCAAUAAUAACAAACUACAACCAUGUGCUCGCACAUCCACGGACAGCCCGACGCCUGCACCGCCCGCGCCACCAGCGCCGUCGCCGCUCUUCCCGUCGCAUACAGCCUACCAGUCGCAGUCACAUGCGGCUGCAGCACUGCCAGACUAUCGACACACAAACCACGAGACGCGGACAGAUUCUCAAGACUCGCAAGCUCAAGCACCUCUUGAUCUUCAAGCGCAUCACGCGCCACGUCCUCCUCAUAUUGCAUCGAUUGCAACACAACCUUCUCAUCCUAAUUUGUCGAGCCGUAUUCCACAUUCACAGCCUUAUCCAGUUAUACCAGGUCACGAAGUUCGCAACCCUCCCACUGGAGCACAGACCAAUACCCCUGUUCCUACCUCUUAUCCGAAUCGCAUCAGCGGCGUAUCGCAGAGCGUAACGCCACUUUCGAUGACAACAACUAAUACAAACAAUUGUCUUCCGAGUCAAACUCUACCCACGCGACCUGCGUCUCCGGCAACCCCCCAUUCUCGUCCUUAUCACGUCCCGUCUAUUGGGUCUAGUCAUGUAAGCUCCAGUUUGAGUUCCAGUAUUCAUUCAAUGCCGUAUCAGAAUCAACCGAGCUUACAGAAACAUUCCGUUCAACCAGUAUUUGCGAGUCGGCCGUCUCAUCUCGCUCCUUUCAGUGUUGCAAAUCACAUAUCGUCUAGUAAUGUUCAACAACCAGUGUCGAACCUAACGACUGCCACACACAUGAGCCAUCCCAUUAAUAGUCAUUCCAUCACAAAUCAUAUUCCUGUAAGCAACACUGGCUUACUUCCUACGUCUACCCCGAGCCAUAGCAUGGCCCAACCGAUGUCUAUAACGCCGACGUCUAGUUCGAUUCCAAACUACUCUAGUCUUAGGCAUCAUGGAUUAAGUCUCCCUCAACAUAUUUCUCCUAUCAUACCUACGUCUGCUCCAAUAGCAAUGAACCACAUCGAUUCUUUAUCAACGACCAGUACAUCACACCCUGUUGUAACACCCGUCACCACCACUAGUGGUCAUUUACCUCUUCCGGUCAUAGAUUCUAGGCAGGCUCCUAUACCCUCUACUGAAUUACCGUCGCGCUCUGAGAGUGCUUCAAUUAGUUCCUCUAUUCCAAUGAAUGGGUACCCACCACCAGCGAUUUAUUCGGGUGGUACAUAUCCACCCCUGUAUGCGCCUUACGCUACAUCCUUACAACACAGUCCAUAUCUACCACCGACGGCGGCGUCUCCCAGGAAUUCUGCAGAUACAAGAACAAAUUUGUCGGCGUCACCAUUGGUAGCACCUAAAACACCAAAAGGCGUAAGACCGCACACGCCGGGCUCUACGGGGGCAGCAGGCGCAUCACAUUCAUAUUCACCGCGCGGAAUCAGUCCAACGCGGGAACGUGAGAGUUAUAGCAACAUCAGUAGUUUAUCACGCAGCACACCAGCGUCAGUCGCCUGUUCAGUGUCUGCGCCUUCCCUGGUUCCACCGCUGGUCGCGCCGCUCGCCGCUCCGCUCGCCGCCCCGCUCGCCGCUCCGCUUGCGGCACCACUCGCCGCCCCGCUCCCGGGUCCCUUACCGUCUGCCUUGGGAGCAUCUUUGGUCGGUCCGAUGGGAGGUCCGCUGUCGAACCCACUAGCGGGCGGUCUGGGCGCCCCGCUGGCGACGCCCACCCCCACGCCUGCUGCGCCCGCCGCUCCGCACCUCACGCACUCGUUGGCGCCCGUGCCCACUGUGCCUAGCAUCAGCUCUAGCGCCAAACCACCGGCCCACUGGGGUGUCACCAGGGCAACCGGCGCCGAUCGUGGUCCAGGCUUCGCGAGCGCUCCUGCUUUAUUCGGCGCACCACUUCCGACGCCCAAUCCUAACCCUUUCUCAGCAGAGUCACUAUUUCAAUCGAGUCCCGGUGCAGACCUGCUGCGUCGCGAGCUCGACAGUCGGUUCCUGGCGGUGGCGGGCGCGGUGGGCGCGCGCACUGAGCUGCACCACCACCAGCACCAGCACCAGCACACGCACGUGCACCAGCACGCCGCGCACCACGCGCCGCACCCGCCGCACCACCCGCAGCUCCUCGUGCCGCACGCGCCUCUCUUCAAAGACGUCGGAAAAAUGUCUUCACUAUACCGCACCGGUCUUGGACUUGGCUAUCCAUAUUCAUCGAGUUUGUUACAUCCUGCACCGCCUUACGUGCCGCCGGCCCCUCUCACUUCCUACACACCUAAGCCCGUAGUGUCCGCCGCAACAGACUCCGCCUCUAAACCGACACCGCGCCCCGUCCUCGCGAAAACUGGAAAAUGGAACGCGAUGCAUGUAAGAAUCGCAUGGGAGAUAUACAACCAUCAGCAGAAGGAGAAGGCUGGUGCAGGCGGAGAUAAUAAAGAUAAGCUCAGAUCGCUACCGCCGCCUCCCGCCCCGUAUCGGUCACCGUAUGAGCUGCCCUCUCCGUAUUUGCCACAUCAUCCGCACCUUGGAAUGUCUCCGUUCAGUCGUUACGGUCCGGGGCCAUAUCCACCGACGGCACCUGGUUUCGGUCUAUCUGCCUAUGGCCGAGAGCUGGCACUGUCGUCAUCCUUACAUGGCGUACAUCACGCGCCGCCUCUGGGAGCGCUGCACGAUGCGUGGCGAGCCCGACCGCCGCCGGUGUCCGCCACCGCCGCCGCUGAAGCACGACGAGAUCACGAGGAACGAGAACGAGCCCGACGCGAGCGGGAAGAACGAGAGCGACGCGACCGAGACGAACGAGAGCGACGGAAAGCUCGAGAACAACGAGAGCAACGUGACAGAGAACUGGAGAGAGUGAGGACGCGAUCUCCACUUCGCAACGGUACACUCGAGACUCUUAAAGAAGAACGCAAGGAGCCUCCUCGGCAUUCAAGCGGCCCCCUACCCGGAUACCCACCGCCUCACUGGGACCCGUAUCGCGGAUUUGACCCGCUCCAACAUAUGCGGUUCGCGCCACUCGUCGAAGCUGCUAUUCGAGCGGAAGAAGAUCGCGCUAAGAUGUUGAGUGCGUAUGCUCACCACCAGCAAAUGAAAGCGAGUCCGCUUUUACAUCGAGCGCUGCCUCCGGGCGCGCAACUGGGUCCCCUGGGCGGGCACGGGUCGCUGGCACCGUUGGCCCCCCUCGCGCCGCCCCUAGCCCCUCUGGCGCCACUCGACCUGCUCAAGAAGGAGGAGCCGCGAUGAUAGUGUCUCCGCUCUGUACAUAGGAUAGCGUAAUCGACGUUUCGAAGGACGACUUGUUCGUUAUCGAUACACGUGCUCGUCCGGAGUAGAGAAUGAUUGAGAGCGAGGACUGUGGUCGACAGAGGGCGACGCAGGCGAGGCUGCUCUCGACUUGUGCAAUAUAGGAGGCGAACACUGGCCGCGCGCCUGCAUGUACACAGCUGCUUGUUUAUUUACGUGAAAAUAUCUAUCGAGUUGUUAUCGUGACCAUUAUUAGUUAAUUAUACAUAAAAUCGCUGAUUACGUGAAUGAGAAUAGGAUUAUCGAAACACCUAUCGAUAUAAUUAUACAUAUUUAUAUAUACCUAUAAAUAAAAUGUAAAUAUUAGGCUGUAAAUUAGUGUUAAAAUAUAGAAUUGGUUUAUUUAAUGUCAUACAAAGGAAAAUCCCAUAAAUUAUUAUUGUACCGGGAGUUCAGUUUCACUUCCGUUAAAAAUCUCAAUGGUUUUUCGAUUGUACCAGUGUAUUUUUAUUUAUUUAUUCUAUUAACAAUCCUAGAGAUUGAUGAAGUAGAACAAUUUCAGUUAUUUAGCGAAUGAUAUAAUUGUUUUAUUGCAUUUAAACAUAUGUGAUAUUAUUACAUAAUACUGUGAAAUACAUUUUGUCUGACAUCAAUGUAGUGUCAUUACCAGGUAUUUAGAUCCAGUGGUAAUUGAGGUAACGUUCAAAUUUAAUACAUUUCAAAUAUAUAUAGUAAAAACUCAUUUGUCAACCACAUUAACUAAACAGUGAACUAAUUAAUUAAUUGUAUUUGAUUUUUGUCUUUGUACCAACAAUGUUUGUGAAUGUAACGUGCCACAUAACAAUAUCAGAUCGCAGGGCACUUGUCAGACAAAAUUAAACUCAGCAAGUUUUAAGGCACAUAAAACGGAUUGCGUUCCAGUUUCAGAAAAAAAUCGCAAAUUGAAUGUAGUUUAUACAAAACUAUACCGUAUACUAAAAGUAAUUGAAAGCUUGGUGCGAUUCGGAAAAUACCAUUAAAACUUUUGAUUUUUAUACCAAAA